AUGUCUGGCGUCUCGAGCGAGGCAUCCAGAAAUCCUACCCCGGACCACCAACGACACUUGGGGAAUGCUUCGUCCGAUAGGGUUGACGAGUCUGAAAAUUCAAAAGCUCCUGAUGGAGACCGGAACGACGAUGGUGUCCCUAGUCAUGGCGUAACCAUUACUGUCGAGGAUGCCGAUGCCGAAACAGACGAAGACGCUGAAGACGUCGACGACGACGACGAACAAGACGGGGAUUCUGAAGAUGGCCACACUAUGCCAGGAGGCUCGCAGGCAGAUUCCAAUGGAGAGUCGGACGCUCACAUAGAACAAACACAAACUCCGCAGCUCGAGAGCCAUAAACAGGAAUCAGAGAGACUACCGCAGGAGGAGGCCGAGAGUGAGACGACGUCCUCGAUCCAACAGCAGGACGAAAAUGUCUCUCACCCAGAAAUCGCUCCUGAUUCGCGCCUGCAAAGGUCUGACUCGAAAUCGACAACCGUCUCUCGCCCGCUGCCGGUUACUUCUACGGUCUUUGUGAUUAGUGCGCUGGAAACAAUUGGAGCUUCGAAGGAAGUCAAGAGGAACAAGGAAUUCACAGAUGCUGUCCAAGCAGCUCUGGCCAACAUCAAAAACUCUGAGCAUGCUCUCAAUCCUGAAAUCCUCUUUCGGCCCUUACAGAUGGCAACCAAGUCGUUCAAUGUACAAAUGCAGGUGACGGCACUGGACUGUAUUGGAAAGCUCAUCAGCUAUUCCUACUUUGCCUUUCCAGUUGUAGCGGCAAGCCAACCUGAUGGUACAGAUACUCCGCCUUUGAUCGAAAGAGCAAUCGAGGCUAUCUGCGAUUGCUUCGAAAAUGAAGCGACUGCAGUUGAGAUUCAACAACAAAUCAUCAAAUCCCUACUUGCGGCAGUUCUGGACGACAAGAUUGUUGUUCACGGUGCCGGUCUCCUCAAGGCUGUCAGGCAAGUAUACAACAUCUUCAUCUAUUCAAAAUCUAGCCAAAAUCAACAAGUGGCACAAGGGUCGUUGUUGCAAAUGAUCGCAACGGUAUUUUCCCGCGUACGAACGCGUCUCGAUGUGAAGGAGGCCCGUUCAAGAGAGCAAAACGAGUCGAAAUCGGACGAGGCUCUUUCGGGAGACGCCUCAAUGUUCGAGCAAAGCGAUAUCAACGGUCAGAUGGAUACGCCCGACCAAGAGACUCCCCCUCAUCUAGGAGAAGGGGUUACCAAGAUCCAAGAGAAAUUGACUCUACAAAGCUUCGAACAAAACAAGAAUCUGGACGACGCGUUAGUGGCCGAUAGCGCCCCUACCACGGUGACUCGAGCGAGGAGAGAUCGCAAGAAUACUCGCUCCAGUUCUGGCCCGGUGUCCCGUGCAAGUUUGCAGGAAGAUCGAGAGGAUGCGGAGCUGUCUUCCGAGGACGAGGAUGAUAUCUACAUAAAAGACGCGUUUCUCGUCUUUCGAUCAUUGUGCAAGCUAAGUCAGAAAGUUCUGACACACGACCAACAACAAGAUCUCAGAUCACAGAACAUGAGAUCCAAACUCUUGUCUCUUCAUCUCAUCUACCACCUCAUCAACAACUAUACUCCGGUCUUCACCUCCCCGUUCUCCAUAAUCAAGAGUGGAAACAACGAAGACAGUACUCCAUUCUUGCAGGUUGCCAAGCCUCAUCUCUGCCUGAGCUUGUCUCGCAAUGCCUCCAGUUCUGUCCCUCGAGUUUUUGAAGUUUGCUGCGAGAUCUUCUGGUUAUCUUUGAAGCACCUACGUGUACUGCUCAAGAAAGAAAUCGAAGUGUUCCUUAAAGAGGUCUAUCUCGCUGUUUUGGAGAAGCGAACUGCUCCACUUUUCCAAAAAGAAAAAUUCAUGAAUGUUUUGGAAAGGCUAUCGGCUGAUCCACGCGCUUUGGUCGAAGUCUACCUGAACUAUGAUUGCGACCGGACUGCACUGGAUAACAUGUAUCAAGAAAUUAUUGAGCACUUGUCGCGAAUUUGUAGCACACCAGUCGUUAUUACUCCUGGUCAGCAGCAUCAAUAUCAAGAGCAACAAGCAAAACCCGCUACACCUUCAUCGGAAUGGCAUACCAAAGGCUCCCUGCUGCCAGGUCUCUCUACAGCAACCCUCAGCCACCCGCCUCCUCCACCAUCAUCCAUACCAGGGGAAUAUCUCUUAAAGCAACAAUCACUGCGUUGCUUAGUGGAGAUCUUGAAUUCUCUCGACAACUGGUCCACACAGAGCGGACAGGAGCCUGUGAACGGAUCUCGAUAUCCAGCUUCGAGGGGAUCUUUCGAGGAUUCAAGAGAAUCACUUGACACGAGUGAGAGACCUCCUCCCUCGCCCCGAGUGCCGGGCUUUGGCAGUGAAUCUGGUGUCUCAACCCCAGUUGCAGAAGACGAUCCCAACGAGAUUGAGCGGGUGCGGAUGCGCAAAUCGGCAUUGAACAAUGGAAUCAGACAGUUCAACUUCAAAGCUAAACGGGGAAUCAAGCAACUCUUGGCCGAUGGAUUUAUUCGAAGUGAUAGUCCUCAAGAUAUUGCCAAGUUUUUACUUGGAAAUGAUAAACUCGAUAAGGCUAUGCUUGGUGAAUACCUCGGAGAAGGCGAUGAACAGAACGUAGCCACUAUGCAUGCCUUCGUCGAUCUGAUGGAAUUCAGCAAGAGGAGAUUCGUCGAUGCCCUUAGACAAUUUCUACAGAGUUUCAGGCUACCAGGAGAGGCACAGAAGAUCGACAGAUUCAUGCUCAAGUUCGCCGAACGCUAUCUCUCUGGUAACCCAAACGCAUUUGCAAAUGCUGACACAGCAUAUAUUCUUGCAUACUCGGUGAUUCUACUAAACACCGAUCAGCACAGCACCAAGAUGAAGGGUAGACGGAUGACCCUGGAAGACUUCGUCAAGAACAACCGGGGUAUCAAUGAUGGUCAAGAUUUGCCACAAGAGUAUCUGGCCACAAUUUAUGACGAGAUCGCGAGCCAUGAAAUAGUAUUGACUUCUGAGCGCGAACAUGCUGCCGAAUUGGGGAUCGCAAAUGCGACUGCUGCCACGGGUCUAGCCUCCAGAGCUGGACAAGCACUGGCAAAUGUUGGACGUGAUUUGCAGAAAGAGAAAUAUGCUCAAGCUUCGGAAGAGAUGGCAAACAAGACCGAGCAGCUUUAUCGCAGCCUUAUCCGUGCGCAGAAACGAUCGGCUGUACGAGAAGCGCUGUCGCGAUUCAUACCAGCCACCUCCACCAAACAUGUGGGCCCAAUGUUUAAUGUCUCAUGGAUGUCCUUUUUAUCUGGAUUCUCAAGCCAAAUGCAGGAUGCGCAGAAUCUCGACCUCAUCAAACAAUGUCUCGAUGGUCUCAAACUGGCUAUCAGGAUAGCCUGUCGAUUUGAUCUAGAGACACCCAGGGUCGCCUUCGUGACUGCCCUUGCUAAAUUUACAAACCUCAACAACCUCAAAGAGAUGAUGGCGAAGAAUAUCGAAGCUUUGAAAGUCCUCAUCGAAGUGGCUCUCAGCGAGGGCGAUUUGUUGAAAGGUGCUUGGCGAGAAGUUCUAAUGUGUAUCAGUCAGCUCGAUCGCCUUCAAUUGUUGUCCACUGGAAUCGACGAAGGUGUCAUUCCAGAUGUUUCAAGGGCAAAUAUUCCUCUGCCUUCGAACUCGAGAGAUAGUAGAGGUAGCCGGAAGUCCAUGCAAGCACCAAGGCGUCCCAGACCAAGAUCAUCGCAUACCUUCCGACCUGAAGUCGCGGAUGAAACAAAAUCAACGGAUAUGGUCCGUGGGGUAGAUCGGAUCUUUACAAACACCGCCAAAUUGUCAUCCGAAGCUAUAAUCGAUUUUGUUCGUGCUCUGAGUGAAGUCAGCUGGCAAGAAAUCCAGUCCUCAGGCAACAGUGAAUCCCCGCGGACGUAUAGCUUACAGAAACUGGUAGAGAUCAGCUACUACAAUAUGACGAGAGUCAGGAUAGAGUGGACGCGCAUCUGGGAAGUUCUCGGAGAACAUUUCAAUCAGGUUGGCUGCCACAACAACACAACGGUUGUGUUCUUCGCUCUUGAUUCCCUCCGUCAACUGUCCAUGAGAUUUAUGGAGAUUGAGGAACUGCCAGGUUUCAAGUUCCAGAAGGACUUUUUGAAGCCAUUCGAGCACGUCAUGUCCAAUACAACUGUCGUUACGGUGAAAGACAUGGUUCUACGGUGUCUGAUUCAGAUGAUCCAAGCCCGUGGAGACAACAUCAGAUCAGGUUGGAAGACAAUGUUUGGAGUAUUUUCGAUUGCGGCCAGAGAACAGUAUGAAGCAAUCGUUAACAUAGCCUUUGAUUACACCACCCAAAUUUACAACACGCGAUUUGGUGUUGUCAUUUCGCAAGGUUCAUUCCCCGACCUCAUUGUCUGCCUGACAGAAUUUUCAAAGAACCUCAAGUUUCAGAAGAAGUCGUUACAAGCAAUUGAACUACUGAAAUCCACAGUCCCCAAGAUGUUGAAAACACCUGAAUGUCCUCUAUCUAAAAGACACUUCAAAGCCGCAGAUUUGGAUGGAUCGGUGGUAGCUGGUGUGAAACAGCCAACCUCUCAGACCGAAGAAGAACAAUUCUGGUAUCCUGUCCUUAUAGCAUACCAGGAUGUUCUAAUGACUGGCGAAGAUCUGGAAGUUCGUUCACGGGCUCUUACUUAUCUCUUCGAUACAUUGAUCAGGUAUGGCGGUGACUUCCCUAUUGAUUUUUGGGACGUGCUAUGGCGACAGCUCCUAUACCCAAUCUUCGUUGUCCUGCAGUCAAAAUCUGAAAUGUCAAAGGCACCCAACCAUGAAGAGUUGUCGGUGUGGUUAUCAACAACUAUGAUUCAAGCACUCAGGAACAUGAUCACACUGUUUACGCAUUACUUUGACUCUUUGGAGCACAUGCUGGAUAGAUUCUUGGACCUUCUCACGUUAUGCAUCUGUCAAGAGAACGACACAAUUGCUCGGAUCGGCAGCAAUUGUUUGCAGCAACUGAUUUUGCAAAAUGUCACCAAAUUCACACCAGAGCAUUGGGCUCGAAUUGUCACAGCGUUUGUGGAGCUCUUCAAUCGAACCACGGCUUAUGAGUUAUUCUCCGCUGCUGCCACCAUGUCAGAUGCUCGGCCUACCCCAGCUACCGACGGAGCCGAAGGUCUAUCGAUAUCAGGAACGACGAUUGUCGAAACUCCCACAACGAAUGGAGGCCCCGAUCCAUUUCCUGCUCCUGACUCUUCCCUGGAACACAAAGGCGAUGUCCCAACUGCUGACAUUCCUCACUCACAAUCAACACAAGAGCUUGAAGAUUAUCGCCCACACUCUGAUCUUCAGACCCCCGUUCCUGUAGUGACUGCGGCACGCCGACGUUUCUUCAAUAAGAUCAUCACUAAUUGCGUAUUGCAAUUGUUGAUGAUCGAGACUGUUGCAGAGUUGUUCUCGAAUGAUUCAGUCUAUGCACAAAUACCAUCAUCUGAACUUCUCCGCUUGAUGGCACUCCUAAAGAAGUCCUAUCAAUUCGCGAAGAAGUUCAAUGGUGACAAAGAUCUCAGAAUGGCGUUGUGGCGUCAAGGAUUCAUGCGCCAACCGCCCAAUCUACUGAAACAGGAGUCUGGUUCGGCAAACACAUAUGUAAGUAUACUACUCAGGAUGUACCACGAUGAAGGGGAAGAGCGAAGGUCGAGUAGAGACCAGACUGAAGGCGCAUUGAUUCCGUAA